AUGGUAGAAAACAACCCCGAAAUUACUUAUAAUGAUUUUGAAAUGAAUCUCACUCGAGAGUUACAAACCAAAGAGCAAAGAAUUAAGGAAUUAGAGCAAAGUAAAAUGAUUGCUGACGAAGAAAAUCAAUUGAUACUAUCCUUUUUAUGGAAUGAAAUAGGUGGUGAGGGUUUAGAUAAUUUAAGAGAAUUAUUAGCAGGACGGAAACUCCCUGAGAUAUUAGCUGAAUUAGAUGACCGAAAGAAAGAAUUAUCAAAGUUAAGUUCUCAAUUCGAAUCUUUAGAAGAAAAGUUUAAAGAGAGAGAAGAAGGAGUCAAAGCCAGGCAGCAAGAAACCAUUAAUGUUUUAGAAGAAAAUGUUAGGGAACAAGAAGAAGAAAACAAGGACAAGCAAAAAACUAUCAAUGAUUUGAAAGAAAAGAUUAGGGAGCGAGAAGAAGAAGUUAAAGCUAAGCAAGAAAUUAUUAAUGGCUUGGAAUACAAGAUUGGAAAGCGAGAAGUAAAAAUCAACACAAAGUUUCCACCUUUCAGCUAUAUCAUCAAAAUCAUGAUCAUCGUCUUCCUCUUGAAAUAUUACUACUUUUACAUCUUGUUCAGCGUCAUCAUUCUUAUUUGCUUCAACUGGUACCUCGGAAAAUUGUAA